CUAAGCGAGACCGCCGCCGCCACGCCCAGCUUCCUGACCCUCACCGCCCUCGCCGUCAACGCUGCAGUCACGCAUGAAGGGGGACCAUGCAUAGAGAGGUGGUGAGUGGUGUCUGCUGACGCCUGCGUACCCGUCGUUGUGUGGGUCCAUGUCAGGCUGUCCGCCAUUCUUAUCAUCAGGCGACUCGGCCGCCUCACCGCCGCCGCUGUCCUUAUCGGCGUCACGGUGGUCCUCGAAGCCAUUGUGGGGCAGCUCAUCAACCUCAUCCAUCAGCUGAUGCUGCUGCUGCUGCUGCUCACCAUCGGCAGCAUCAUGGUCGUCCUGUCCGGCGCCCUCUUGGCCGGGCGAGGGCGGGUCGAUGUUCAUGUCCAUGGCUUCUGGCGAGUUGGGGGGCGGCGUGGGAGGGGACAUGGGAUGGUCCUCCUCGUGGCCGCCUGGCGGCUGCUGCUGCUGGUCGUCAUCGUCACCAGCCUGCUCGCCGCGUUGUCCGCCUUGCUCGUCACCAGCAACAGCGCCUCGCUCGCGCGGCCUGUGUCCGUCACCCUGUUGGCCGUUGACAUGGUCGCCAGGGGGCGGGUGAGGGUCGAGAUCCAUUUCCUCGAUGGCUUCUGGGGAGCGUGGGGGCGACGGGGGAGACCGGAGGGGACGGGAGCCUCGGGACGGUUGAAGAGGGCCGGGAGGGUGGUUGCGCGGGGCACGGUUGCUGCCGUCUGCAAAGACGGUCCUCUGUGCGCGUAGCACCGACGGGCCACCGCGGCUGGCCUCAUGCCCACCAGUGAUGACGGCUGCCAUCAGCUCGCCGUAAACUGAAGACACACACACGUGUAGGUAUCUUCCGUAUGCCCACCAUCGUGUGUGUGUAUAUGUGUGUGUGUGUUUGUGUGUGUGUGCGCGUACCCUCUUCAGCCCACUCCUUGUGGCAGAGGACAUUCUCCACGACGACCGCCUCGAACGCCCACGCGAACAAGGCGUUGACCUUCUUGGCCAACUCGGCCCUCGCCCCCUCCCCCGCGCCCCCUCCCCCGUCGUGUGCUCCUCGAGGAGCUGCUCCCACCGCUGGCCCAUCUGUUGCUUCUGUCGGCACCCAUCGGGCAGCUCAUCUAUCCACCGGCCCGUCACCUGCAGCUGCCCAUCCACCCCCAUAACCGAUGCCAGUCCGCCUGCCAUCCGACGAAGGGCGGCGUGGCCGCCCUUGCCGCCUCGCGGCGGCUCGUGAGGGUCGGUGGCCUGGGCCCUCACUCGCACGCCAGCGGCCCGCAGAAUGGCCUGGCUCUUGAUCCUCCGUUCAGCGUCGCGCUUGGCCUUGUCCUUAUGGGCCUUCUCCACCGCUUCCCUCCUCCUCGCCUCCUCGUUUUGGCCGCGAUGGCCUCAUCACGGGUGGCGUAGGUGGCGACCUUGAUCUGGCGGCCUUGGUAGUUCAUCGAGUGGACGGAGGGGCGUCGGGCAGCCGCUGCUGGUGCUCGUGACGGGCGGAUGCUGGGGGUGAGGGGGGGAGGGGCAGGCCUGAAAGAACGGCACGACAAAAGAAGGGAGGGAGAGAAAGCAUCUCUGGACUGCCUGCCUCUUUUUCCUUGGCUGGCUUCCAAGUGAACGCACCCCACCGGUGACCCGUUGCACUCACCUCUGUGCUGCCGUGAACUGUGCGAUUCGUGAGCACGCAUGGCGUGCUGGUGGGUGUGGUGCGCGGCGUGGGUGGCGGAAUGCAUCGCCACGCCUUCAGAGGAUUGUGCAGCUGAGCUCCUGCCACCUGCAGUCAAGGUACAACAAGGGAGAGUCACAUUCAAUAUGUGAAUGCUGCCAGCAAUCGGUGUUGUGCAGCAGUGCAUCCCCCUGGGCAGGUGCAUUCCUGUUCUCCUGGCUGGUCUGUCGAUGCAUCGGCGAUGCAUUCGAGAAAGGGGCCCAUACACCCCACUUACCCCUCCCGCCAGCACCGCUGCUCUCUCCUCUCUCGCCCCGGCGGUCAUCCCUCACGCCUGCUGGCCAUCCCUCGUCAUCACCAUCACCCAUCCCCGAGUCGCGACGCCGGAGGCGGCUCAUUUCGCCAUUGUGGCGCCGCUUGGUGGACCGCGGCUGGUCCUUUCUACCUGGAGGUCACUGGCAGGCCUCUGCCUGCUGCCAAUUCGUUGUCUGCAUCGUUCGUUUGUUCGUUUUCAC